UCUGUCAUUUUGCAUUAUUAGCUAAAUAAUUAUUUAGUUGAGUAACAGAAGACAUGAUUGAGGAAGUGAAACGGGAGAGAAGCGAUCAAUGGAUGUCAUAUUACUCCGGCGAGGUGUUCUAUGGAGCAGACAACCUGCCGUUGGGCCCCAGAGGAUAUCCCCCCCCAGAGCAUCACUACCAGAGUUACGGCCCACCGUGUGAUUCAGCAGCUGCGGGAAACACCGGGAGACUCGGAAGCCCAGUGGGAAUACUGCCUCCACCAAACCCCAAAGGAUACGCUGAGAGCAACUCCAGAGAAACUGAGUUUCCGGCGCUGCAAUCAGUUUACAGACGGACCUUAAGCCACGCCAAGCCACCAUAUUCCUACAUCUCUCUUAUCUGCAUGGCAAUCCACCAGUCGCCAGCCAAGAGACUGACUCUGAACGAGAUCUACGACUGGAUCCGCCAGCUCUUUCCGUAUUACAGACAGAAUCAACAGCGAUGGCAAAACUCCAUCCGACAUUCCCUGUCGUUCAACGACUGCUUUAUGCGUGUACCGAGAUCACCAGACUCGCCAGGGAAAGGCUCGUACUGGGCCCUGCACCCCGACUCCGGUAACAUGUUCGAGAACGGCUGCUACAUGCGUCGCCAGAAGCGAUUCAAGUGUCAAAAGGCGACGUCACCAUCGAAACAUUCGGAUGGGGAAACUGUGAAAUCGGAAGGGAAGAAAAAAAAGGUGGAGGUCAAGUCAGUCACCUCUUCUUGUGAAUCGCCUGUACCUCCUCCAGUUGACACCACAACACAGCAUUCAGGCAUAUUACCAGUGUCCUAUCCCGCAGCCAAAGCACCUUCUCCUUCCCAUCUUCCUCAACACCUUACUCCCUCACACACUUUAUUUCCUACCCUGCCUCCAGAGAUCUCAACACACUUGCCUUCUCUGAACGUCCCGUUUCCAACAAUGCCCAGUCCCAACCUGCAGUCUGUUCCACAAGCCUCAAUGGAAACCAGCUUGCAUUGUGAACCAACAUCCCAACACCUCAUUUCUGUCCCACGACUUCUGGACUUCCAGUACUGCGAGACUCCUGUGAACUACCCAGUUUACUGCCAGUCUAAUUCCCAUUCCAACUUUACCUCGUAUGCUGGGAACUCUGUUUACUACCCUGGGUUUAGCAUGUGUUCUGCUCCUCUUCUGAGUUCCUCCUGAUCAGCCUCCUGUAGUGUAUUGAGGGCUGUUAAAAUGGGAUUCAUUUCUGUUUAGAUGCUUAUAAUUGCUGUAUAUAUUAGUUGAUGGACACCUCAUAGCUGGAGAAGUAUCUGUUAUCUGAUGCUGAAGGAUUCUUUGAUUCUGUGUGAAUGUGCAUUAAAUUGAAUUGAAGGUGUUUGAAGAUACAUAUGAAUGUGAA